GCUUAAAUACAAACAGUUGGGCACUAACCUAGUAAGGUUUGUUGAGGUGGAAGUUACAAAUACGUGUUGUUUAAUCGUUUGUAGCUACAAAACGACACAAUUGACAUUUCAUUCAUGACUCAAACCGUCGGGUUGAUGGAAGCACUUGUUUGACAUACGAUAAUGUUAACUAGUUAGCUAUCUGUUGAUGCGGCGAUCUUUGUUUACAUUUAGCUGCCCUUCAUGUGUUAGCUAGUUAGCUAAUCUGCCGUAAUCACACAUGAGUAAAAUGUCCACUACGUGUUAGACAUGUUCGGCUUUAUUCAUCUUUAACAUGAGUCACACAAGUUGCUCGAAAGACUGAACGCUAACCUCGGUAAGUUAUGUCGUGUUUUUGAUUAGCUGGGGGUCGACAUGCUCUCUCAAUCUUAAAUUCAGUGUAAAAGAACGAUGAAAGUCUUCACCGAGAUGUGGACGGUGUGAGGAAUCAACGUCAACCGACGGAGCAAAUCCUGUAAACUGUGGGACACAAAGUUAGACAUGGAGUCCAUUUCUUUGAGGAAGAAGGCAAGCUGUGUGCGUCAGGAGAACGCCUGCCUUUCCAUGCAGGAUGAGCAGCUCUUCGGUGACCUUGAUGCUUUGCAGUAUGAAUUGGCCACUUCCAAGUCUCAGGUCCACCUCAGGGGCUCCGGGGUUGUGGUCGAAGGCAGUGCGGCAGUCAUGAGUGCACAAAUUUGUCACCUUGAAGAGGAACUGGAGGCUAGGACCAAAGCAUUAAUGACAGCAGAGCUAUGGGCUGAAUAUAGCAAGGAAGAAGCAGCCAAUAAUGAAAUUGUGGUAGCGACACUCACUGAAGAGCUGAGUGCACUCAAAGAAGAACUGGACAACAAAACAGCCAUGGGGAAAAGGGCUGAGCAACAACGGAACCAAGCACUUGAAAAUGCAGAGAAACUCAAAGAAGCUUUCAAAGAGUAUAAGGCCACAGUUUCUAUUAAAGUCAAGAGGGUGAUGGAGAGUGAGAGCAACCUAAAAGAGAGCCUCAUUGAGUGUGACCGAGAAAAAGAAGAGGUGGAGAGAAAGUGCACAUUGUUGCAGAGUGAAAAGGCAGAGCAGAGCCAAACAAUCAGUCAGCUGAGGGAGGAGGUAAGGGAGGCCAAGUGUUUGGCUGCUGAGCACUCAGACCUUCAGAACCAGCUGAAGGAGUCCAGAAAGCAGGUCUUGCUUCUGGAACGGCAGCUUGAGGAGCACAGAGCAGAGUGCAGGGAGCAGGCCUCUCUGCGCAGGGAGCUGGAAAACCUGCGAAGUCUGACCCAGAGUCAAGACCAGAGGGUGGGCCAGAGCCAGGCAGAGCUGUCAAGCCUGGAGGCCAUAUUGGCCCUGCUACAUCUACGAGAGGGCACUUUAGGGCCACUCUGUUCCAAACCCUGCAUGUUGCCCCCAGUGGACUAUGCAGGGACUGCACACCUGCUGAGGCUACAGACAGGUGAAGGUUACCAGCAGCUGUUGCGGGUGCUGCAGUUGAUGGAGGCUGAGCGAACUAAAAGGAGCAGUCUGGUUGAGCGGCUUCAGGAGCGUCUGAGCAGAGCCCAGGAGGAGAUCUCCUCCCUGCAGAGCUCUAUGGCCCAGAGAACCUCCCACUACCAAAGUCUCCAUACAGAGCUGCUGGACAAAGUCAGCCUAGCCACUGACACAGAGAAAGAAUUAAAGAGAAAGAGUGCACGUGUGGCAGCGCUGGAGAAGCAAUUACAAGAGAAAACCUCUGCUUACAGUCAAGCUGCACUGAAAAACACUCAGCUAGAGAAUCAGCUUCUGGAGAAGACCAACUCUCUUCAACAUUACCAGACUCUGAUGACCAAAAAGCAGAGAGAUUAUCAGCAGUCUUUGGACAAGUGUAAAAAAUCCCAGUCUCAACAAUGCAUGGAGCAACAGCACAGAAUCGAAAUGUUGCAGUUGUCUGUAGAAGAAGCUCAGUCUAGGAUGUUAGAAAUAGAGCAGGAAGUUUGUUUAUGCCAGAGGGAAAGAGACGAAGCUCAGAAAUGUGCGGUCUUGCUACAGACCACUGUGGAAGAGCUUACACAACAGAAGCAGGUUGAAGUGCGAUACAAGGAAGAGCUGUUGCAGAGUUUCAAAGAACAGGCAGCACAGUCUGCUUCCAAGGUGUGGGAGCUCCAGUCGUCUCUGUCGGUGUGUAGAGAAGAGCUGACCUCAUACAUGCAGCAGACUGAAGAUGUAAAGAGGAGCUAUGAGAGUCAGCUGCAAAAGAACAAUGACAAGGUGUCCUCUCUGCAGGAGAAGCUCCACAGCACCAGUCUGGUUUGUCAGAGAUCCACUGAGGAGAACAUGCAGCUGCAGCUUUCUCUCCAGCAGCAGCAGACCAUGCUGAGUGAGAGCACUGCCCGCAUCUCUGAACUAGAGGACAGCCAGAGUCAGCUACAGAGACAGGUGUCAAGUCUGGAGCAGGAGCUGGCACGAGCACAGGCUUCUCUGCUGGACGAGGUGAGGAGCAGAGAACUAGACACUCUGGAGAGGGACAAGGAUCUGCAGGAGAUAAACCAGCAGAACACUCAGCUGUCUGAGACUGUCACCCAUAUAACGUCAGACUUGGUCAAGUUUCGCGGGGAGCUGGUGUCUAAAGAGUCGGAGCUGCAGCGUCUGAGGAGGGAUGUCUUCACUCAGGCUUCUCAGAUCAAACACAUGGAGGAGAGCCUGCAACAAACAAAGACCAACCUUACCAGCAAGAGUGACAUGGUCGUGGAUCUGGAGGAGAAGCUUCAUCGCGGCGAGGCAGACCAGCACAACUGUGUCCAGCGGUACCAAAUCCUGGAGGGGCAGCUACAGACGGUGCGGGGAGAGUUGGCCGACACGCUGGAGCAGCUACUGCAACUUAAAGACAUUCUGCAGACAACACAAACCGUUGCAGAUGAGCGGCAGGCCUGUGUGGAAAAACUGACAGUUCAACUUAGUGAGACCCAGAGGGAGUUGCAGGAGAGAACUCACGAGGUCUUAGACAUGGACACUGCACUGAAGGAAAGACAGGGGGAGCUCCAACAGAGAGCACAGCUGCUGGGCCAACUGGACGUGGCGAUCAGAGAGCACAAGCAGGAGAUGGAGAGAAAGGUGGAGUCUCUGCAGCAGACCCUUGAAAGCAGAGAGAGGGAGCUGAGAGAUGCGCAGAGAGAGCUCACGGACAGAAACACGAAGGAGUCUCAGGAGCUCAGCCAGCAGCUGCGUGUGUGUCACCAGAAACUUCACAAUGUGCUACAAGAGCAUGCAGAAACUCAACUUCGCUGUGAGAUCUUGUCCAGGGAGCUGGACACCACUAAGCUCCAGACCAAGGAGAAGGAAGUCUGGCUGUGUGAGGUGAAGGAGGAGCUGGCUCUGAAGGAGGCUCACUGGCUGAAGGAGGAGGCCAGGCUGCAGAGCAUGAUCACCUCUCUGGAGCAGGAGAUGGAGCUGGAGAAGGAGCAGCACAGCAAGGAGCUGGAGUCCCUGCAGCAGACUCGAGGUCAGCUCCUCAAAGUCUCAGAGCAGAUCUCCUCCACCAUGCGCUCCACGCAAGAGGAUCUCACCUUUAAGCUUCAGCAGAGCCAGACCCAGCUGGAGCAAACCAAAGCUCUGCUGGACCAGACUAAGAGGGAGUUGGAUCGAACCCAGAACCAAGCCAGUCACCUUCAGUCACAACUGGGCCAGAGCCAGAGCCAGCUCACUCAGAGCAAAGUCCAGCAGGAGCAAAGCCAGAUUCUCUACGAGCAGACCAGGACUCAGAACAAAGACCUCCACGCUCAGGUGGAGCAGCUUAGCAUGCUGUUAAAUCAAGCCAGAGUCCAGGUUUCCCAGUUCCAGACUCAGCUGCAGGCCUGUCACAAGUCUAUAGAGACCUCCAAUGAGUCCAUGCUCAUCAAGGAGUCCGAGGUGAUGCGUCUGCAGGCCAAGAUCUCCAGUCUGGAGCGAGCUGCUGGCCGUCAGAAUUGUUACAAUCACACACCGUCUCUACCGGCUCUGCACACAGUCACACACUCUCCACAACAAUCCUCGUCUGCUCACUCCCCUGCUUCCUCCCCCAAAAAGCCUCAAACAAACACCCAGUCUCUCUUACACUCUCAGUCACCUGCUGACACUUACCCUCACCUAUCUGAUCUAUCUGAAACUCACGAGUGGCUGCAGAGCAGUAGCAUCGACUCCUCCCUGGACCUUCCUCUCAGCCUGAAAGCAGUACUGAGGGAGGCGCUGAGCAAGCAGCCAUGGUCAUCGUCUUCCUCCUCCUCCUGUGUCUCCCCUCUCCCGGUCAAAGUGAACCACAGUUGGCAAGGCCUCAGCUUUGUGGAGGCUACAGCGCCCUCUGACCUUUCCUUCAACCCCCUCACUUACAUGGUGGACAAACAAGAAGAUGGAACCCCCAAAAUGGAGGCUACAUCGCUGCUGGAGGAAGGCAGUGAGCAGCUGGGUGAGUCAAGGAGGGAAUCAGUGUGCACUCUGGUGGGUGAGGUGGAAGAGGUGGAAGAGGUGGAAGAGGUGGAUGUGACUUCACUGACGGGAAUGCUGAGGUUUGUUAAUCAGACAUUAGCGAUGCAGGACGAUCCUUCUUUAUGGACCUCCACAGGACAUCAAAGAGACGAGAUGUUAUGUUACCAGGGGGAUGUCCACGAGGAGCAGCAAUGUUUACACUGUUUUUGAAGAAAUCUGUCUCCAUAGCAUCUGUUGUCAAAAUCAAGCAGUAAUAUUGUCAGUGAAGGAAAAUAUGAGCGAUUUGUCCAGUUCACACGACCAUUGCUCGUCUUUUAUUGUGACGCUGUUUCAUUGAAAUGUAGAAUUUGUAUUUCAUGUUGUCUUUUCUCCUUACCAAUAUUUCAAGUAAUAUGUUUUUACAUACUUUUAAAUAAACCAAGUGAAUAAAAGGUUUUCUUCUCUUGA